AUUGCACCGACUGGAGUCUGGACGCAGAUGGCUGCAUUACUGUCCGAUAUGGCAUCUUUCAUUUUCAAUUAUCUUCGAGGUGGAUCGGUUGGUACGGCCCGAGAUAGGAAACUGUUGGAAGUGCACACAGGUCCUAGGGUAUAUAAACUGCUAGUCUAGCCCGAUGAGACGAAGUUCCAGACUUUGCCGCAGGGUGUCUAUUUCCUGGAUGUCCUCUCAACCUCAGCCACGAAUUGACCGCUCUUCUACCGUUCGUAUACUGAACGGUCUUUCAGUUAAUCUGACUCUUGUCUCGAAGCGAUCAGUUGAUGGUGAAUGGGACUAUUCAACUGGUCGUAAUCCCCCUCCAUCUGUGCCUGCAGGUCGGUUGAGUUCCGAGAUUUUACUCCGAGAUAGUUUUGGCCCUGCUGGUUCCGAGGGAUGGUUUACAUAUAGAAUCGGGAAUUCGGGCCAAAUAAUUGGGAUGCAUUUUGCCUGCCCCAUGUGGUUGGAUAAUUGGGCAAGGUGGUUUCAACCUUCGAACAGCCAGACAAUCACUUCCGCCACACUCUUCCCCCUCCAGUUUAAUCUGAGUGGCCCUUUGGAUGUGCAAUUUGCUGUUGGACUGCCUGGUUCCCGUAUACGCCCACGCAUUGCUCGUCAUCUAGGGUUUUCACUGGCAGGCAAUCAGAUUUUGGAUGAUGGUGGGACCGAGGAUAUGAUUGAAGAAAUAGUGGUGACAGAUAUUCCUGUUGAAGAGGUCGAUGAUGAAGCUUCCCACUGAACAUCCAUGUGAUUCAGAUGUGUGCAUUUCCAUUAGGACACCCUUUUUGUCAGAACUUCUUUUCUCUGUAGCGAUGAUUUCCUGUAACUAAGUAUGUAUCGUAUGGGCCCAAAUGAGUCGAGGACGAAUUUAAUAGUACUCUUACAGAAG